AUGUCGGCUAUGGAAUACGUCCCCGACGCUUACGCCUCGCAACAGGCCAUCCUGUGUGCAGAGUGUGGUGCAGUCAUCGAACCCAAUGGCGCCAACUUGUGUAUCGGUUGUUUGAGAAACUCGGUCGACAUCUCGGACGGAAUCCCAAAAGAAACCUCGAUCACCUUUUGUCGAGGAUGUGAAAGGUGGUUCUCGCCACCUGGAGCUUGGAUGACGGCUCAGCCUGAAUCCAGAGAGCUGCUUUCCAUUUGUCUCAAAAAGAUCGCCAAACCCUUAUCACGGGUCAGGCUCAUCAACGCUUCCUUCCUCUGGACCGAGCCCCACUCCCGUCGACUCAAACUCAAAAUCAUCAUCCAAAAGGAGAUCCUCUCUGGCACAGUCCUCCAGCAGACAUUUGUCCUCAUGCUGGUCGUACAGGGUGCGCAAUGUCCCCAAUGUGCUAGGCUCGCUGCCAAGAACACAUGGAAGGCUAGUGUGCAGGUCAGACAAAAGGUCAACCACAAGAGGACCUUCUUGUUCUUGGAACAGUUGAUUUUGAAGCACAACGCUCACAAGGAUACCAUUUCCAUCAAUGAGAAGCGGGACGGUCUCGAUUUCUUCUACUCUGAGCGGAAUAUGGCCAUCAAGAUGGUAGAAUUCUUGGCUUCGGUGGUGCCUGUCCGAUCGAAAGCGUCCGAGCAGCUCCUGUCGUCCGACAUCCACUCCGGUACCUCGAACUACAAGUUCACCUACUCGGUCGAGAUCGUGCCGGUCUGCAAGGACGACCUGGUUUGUAUCGACAAGAAGCUCGCGAGGAGUUGGGGUGACAUCAGUCCCCUGACCGUCUGCACGAGAAUCGGAAACUCGAUGCAUCUCCUAGACCCCAUGACGCUUCAGCAUACCGACGUCACAUCGGCGACAUAUUGGCGAGCACCGUUCGACUCGCUCGCCACGAUCUCGGAUCUGGUAGAGUUUGUCGUGUUGGACGUCGAGCCUUCGGGUCCCGUCCGCGGCAAGUGGGUUUUGGCCGAUGCUCAGGUCGCCAGGGUGAGCGGUGCGGGUAUGGGAGCCACCGCGGGGGAUGAUGACGGUAUGGGUGGAGACGAUGGUAUCUAUCACACCAGAACCCAUCUCGGAGCCAUCUUGCAACCCGGUGAUACCGUUCUCGGGUACCACCUUACCCACACAAAUUUCAACAGCAACGCAUUCGAUGCCCUUGACAACAACCGGAUCCCCGACGUCAUUCUUGUGAAAAAGACGUAUCCUAACAGGAGGAAGAAGUCAAAGGCCAGGAACUGGAAGCUUAAAUCGAUCGCCAAGGAAGCCGACGACCAAGCCGAUGUCAACGGUGGUGUCGGACGAGGAGCUCUCGGUCGUCGUGGAGGUCUCGAUUCUCAACGGGUCGAGAAGGAUUACGAGCUGUUCCUGCGGGACUUGGAAGAGGACCCCGAGCUUCGUCAAGCGAUCAACAUGUAUCGAGCAGACACGAAGAAGCCUGCCGAUGGAAUGGAUGUCGAGGACGACGAGAUGGAUGCGGAGCCCAAGGAGGACAAGAGGUUCCGCGAAGCGGAUAUGGAGGAUGAGGGCGAGGAAGAUGAGGAGGAGGACUUCCCCGAGGUCAAGCUGGACGAGCUGCUGGAUCACUUCGAAGAGAUGGAUCUGCAGGCUGGAGAUGCCGAGGAGGAGUUGUAG